AUGGUCUGCAGGCUUCUCCAGCGUGCAACGACUGCAUUCUUGGUGCUGCUCAGCCUUUCGUCUCCGAAGGGGCUGGCUGGGCAGUGCCUUAAUGCCACAAGCUUCGGCUUCACACGGAAGGCUUCCUUGAGGACAUCGAGCUUUGGCGAGCAGGAUUUCGUGCUCACCAUCGCGUCCGGGCUAUGGGACACCAGCGACUUAGCGGCCAACCUUGUCAAGAUCUUGGCUGAAGACUUGUUGGGCGUACAGGUCAACGUCCUCAACCACUUCACCUUCAGUAGCGACAAGAGCUUGCAGCUCGUGGCAGGUCUGGAGUUUCCGACAGAAGGAGAGUUCACAAAUGCCAGCCUACGAGAGAUGCCCUUGGCCCAAAUUUCAAUGGACGUGUGGCAGACGGCAUCCUGGCGGACCUACAGCUACCUCAGAGACAAUGGCUUGCUCAGAAGGGUUACAAACAUGGGCGAUGCGGGCUAUAGCCCGCAGGCCGCAAUGUACACCUUCCGGCCACUCGUAGAACACGCGUGGGCGGAGAAGCGGCUAGCCUUGGACUUCUACAGGACGUACAUUUCUGACGUGGACACCGUCCUGGGCUACUUCAAUACAACUGCUGAAAUUCUCGGUGUCAUGUCCGGGCUCGGCAUAAGCCCAGGAUGCUUGAGGCUGCCAGGAGCACAAAUUGGCCAUGAGACCUUAGGCACCGCAAACGCGGAGGUCUACCAGUGUGACGCCGACGGCUUCUAUUACCCCCCAGGAUGCAGGGUGGGAGGUGAGGCUACGGGUGCCAUUUUAGCUGGCAGGUGUGUGCCCUUUCUUGUAGGAGGAUACUGGCCAUAUGACACUGUGAAAGUGGCGCAACUGGUGACGCGCACAGGUGUGCCAAUCGCAGUUACUUGGGUGGAGAUCCCAGAGCAGAUUGCCUUGGUAAGUAGUCAGCCCGCACAUGGCACAAACUUCAUCUUUUGGUGGUCGGAUCACUUCCGAUGGUAUCAAGAGAUUUCUCCAGUGCAUUUACGUUUCGACAAGUAUGACGAACGGGCGUGGCUGGCCGGCGACGUCACCACGGAUGUCGGGCAGAACCCUGUGAUCAAAUACAUCUGGGGGGACCUUACGCAUGUAGAGGAUCAAGUGGCCAUCCUUGUACAGAAUUACCGUAUCCUGAUGGAAGACAUGAGGGCAAUGAUGAUCAAGCAGAGUCUUUGCAUGGGCCUUGACAUGAGCAAGGCGCCCGCAUGCCGGUGGCAAGCUGCGUGCGAAUGGCUCAGGGAGACGGCAGAUCAGGGAAUUUGGACCAGUUGGCUGCCACAGGAGACUGACUGUCCUGCCGGGUACACAUGGGAUGAUGGCACCUGUGCGCCAUGCCCCGCUGGCAUGCUUAAGGUCCUUCGAGGACCACAGGCAUGCCAGGUUUGUCCCAAUGGCACCUUCUCACGCGUAGAGGGGAAUCGGAUUGGAUGCACGCCCUGUGAAGCGGGAACCGUUUCCAGCCAAGCGAGCGGUCAACCGGCCACCGAGUGCACUCUGUGCCCCUUGGACAGCUACCAGGACGAUCCGGGCCAGUCGGACUGCCAGCUAUGCCCGCCAGGUGCCGUGGCCGACUAA